AUGGCAGCCUGGUCUCGCGUGGCUGUGUUGAACCUUUACCGCUCUCUGCUGCGUGAGGGACGGCGUCUGCGAUACACCGACCGAGAGUUCUACUAUACAUUCAUCAAGCGGGAAUUCAGAAAGAACCAACAUCUCAGCGGGGAAGAAGAGAAGGCGCAACAACUGGAAAAGGGCCUCUAUUUUCUCGAGAGCAAGAUUGGAGGCCUGGUUUAA